GGUAUCUGUGACCGUGGCACAAAGGGACCGUUGCCAUGACCUGACCUGGCAGAUGGUGGCUAUUACUUUGCAAUGACCUGCUGGAUGCGGAAGAUUUUCUCCGAUGACUGGCCAGACGGUGGUGGCGGUUACUUGGCAAACACCUGGCAGCGGACUAAUAGUUCAUCGCCAUGACCUGGCAGAUCGAAGGGUGCACUUUGAGAUGACCCGGCAGAUCGAAGGGUGUACUUUGAGAUGGAUGACCAGGCAGAUGUGGUGGCCACUUUGCGAUGACCUGGUAGAUGGCGACACCUGCCAGCAGAGAAACAAUCUCAUCAGCAUGACCUGGCAGGCGGCGGUGGUUACGUUGCAGUUACGUGGCAGGCAGCAGGGGUUACACUGCGCUUACGUGGCAGGCGGUGGUGGUUACGUUGCGCUGAUGCGGCAGGCGUCGGGGGUUACGUUGCGCUUACGUGGCAGGCGGCGGGGAUUACGUUGCGGUUACCCGGCGGCAGGCGACGGUGGUUACUUUGCAGUUACCUGGCAGUUGUGCUAAUUAACUUUGUGAUGAUCUGGCAUUUAGUGCUGGUUACGUUGCGAUGACCUGUGUCGGCACAUAAGGAGGUCACCUGCACAGUGCAUGGGUACGGAGGCGGGAGGGGCAGGUCUGACUGGCUGCUAUUCUAAACUGCUGAAUUCUUCAAUCGGUCGCUGCUUUGCCACGUAGUUUGGAGGUGUCCGCGACUUGCGGACGCGGAACGGAGUCAAGGAGGGAAGGUGUUGUAGAGCUUUCGUGAAGAAAUUUGAGCCAUUGCUGGGGUGGAGAUUGUGUACUGCGUACUUCGCUUCAGCGGAAGACCUGGAAGCAAGUGCUUCUGCACUCAUGUUGCAGGCCAGCAGCGAUUGUGUCCAUCAGCCCCAGCGCAGUGUCAGCAGUUCUCGGCCUCUUCUGUGCCCGCCAAACACAGUUUUUGACGGGGUCACUCGUAGUGCGUACACGAGUACCCCGUGGCGAGAAGGGUGCAUGUGGCAGAUGUUGACGGGGUCACUCGUAGCCAAUCAUAGUUCAGUCAGAUCGUGUAAAUGACUGACGAGGACGAGUUUUCGGAAGGUGUUCGCUCUGUGUGGCUGCUGAGGUGUCCAUUUGCACAGCUGAUGCCUAUGCAGCAGAGGGGUCUUUCUUGUGCUAGCAACUUAACAGGGGCACCCUUGUUUAAUUGAACGCGGGCCGAGUAUUUGAGUCCGGAUUUUAGUCUGAGGCCGCCGUAACUCACAUGAUAACUUUUUCAACUGAGGUCCGGACAAGAUUACAGUCACAUGCAUCGAGGUCGGGCCGUAAAUUCCCGUAAUUGCAGUCAGAUACAUUUAGGAAAGUGUGAUUGCGAAAAAGCCUAUCUGAGUAUCGAAAGGUGGAUACAGUUUGGGGAACGGACCGUGUCAGAGCUAGCUGCUGUACGUCAGCAAAACAGAAUAAUCAGAUAGUAGGCUGCCAUCUGUGUGAAAAGGCCUAUCAAUCAGUCUGUUUUGCUGGCUGACCUUUUUUUUUUUUCACAAGCAGUGGCCGCUGUGACAUUGUCUUUUGCACGAGCUUGCCUUCGUUCAGAUGAAGGGAACGUUAAUGGAAGGGCGAACCUUUUCACCGCUUGUGACUCCUUCAAUCUCCUCUGACAGUACAUUGGGGUUCCCAUUUCAUUGAUCGAGGUACGGGAGGGGGGGGGGAGGAGGAGGUGGGAGGAACUUUGACGUGCCUCCUGAAAUUCGCCAACGUUUUUGCUUCUCGUGCCUGCUCGAAUGUGCUCGAGAGUGAGAAACCUGGUUGCAACCGAUGCGGUGCAUUGCAUUUCAAGGUAUGGAGGGGGAAGGGGACGGGAGGCGGCAGGAGAUGGUCAUUAUGUCACGCCAGCAAUACAUCUAUCUAUCAAUCUAGAGUGUUGGGAUAUGGAGAGAAAGGAAGAGCGGAUGCGAGGAUGUGAGGAUAGGGUCAGACAUUCUUUAUAUUUCCACCCCACCCCUGUUGGGAUGGUGGCAAUUUGCGGAGAUGAUGGGGGGUGAUGGGGGGGGAACAUGGGCAGACAAAGUUUUUGACAUGGAUUAAUGUUCUGCCUUCAAUUUUAACAAUUCUCGGGUACGUCACCUCUGCCUUUUUUUUUUUUUUUUUGACAGUAAAGAUUAACAAAAGUG